AUGGCUACCAACACGUCCGCCACCGAUGUACAUGAAGGUGCAGGUCUCAACACAGCCCCGCUUGGCAGCACACCCGACAAAUCAAAAGACAAUCACGACAAAGAAAAGACUUUCGAUGACAGCGAUGAUGAAGACAGGAAGGCGCAUGUAGCUAGGUACACCCAGGAAGCUGCAUUCCCUUUGGAGAUUGGAGAGACGGUAUGGAUUGUCAAGCCAGGCUAUCGGGCCCCGUUAGGUGAAUUUCGCAUUACAAAGGCUCAUCCAAACGACAUGUUCGAGCUGCAAUCUUGCGCAACCAACGCGGCCCACACCGAACUGGUUGCAGGGAAGGAUCUGAGACGUAAUGUUUAG